AUGAUUUUCGUUAGCAAUGGUGUUGACACGCCUGUGGCGGAGUCAAAUCGUGUAAAUACAACGCUGGGCGUAGUACAGUUCAUUGCCCGACAAAAGGACUUACCCCCAGACCGGCUUCUCAAGACAAUGUCAUCGACGGAUGGUUUCGAAGCAACGGAAUGCGCCAUCGUGCCAGUCGUACGGAGCUUCCGACCUUCUGUCGAAAACAAUGUGUAUAAGGAAGAGACGCUCGCUACAUGGGGCCAGUCUAGCCUUAUACGCGGAGAUCGCCUUGUUGCGCAUUACGAUCUCGUUCCACCCUGGGGCCCUGAGAUGGGGACUGACCAGCCCAAUCAGGUGUUCGGCUACGACGUCAUGUCCUCCCGCGUAAUUACAAAAUUUGUACAGGAUAUCCUCACAGGCCACCUAAGUAAUAGUUACGGCGCCCUGUACUACCUAUCCACCGUGCCCGACCCGAUAUACGCAGGUCGCGACAUCCUCGUGGCGUUGGGCGAAGGUGAGGUUGUCGGUUGUGGUGAUUAUCUCCCGUCGAGACUGAACUGCACUAUGGAAAACAUCGCCCAAGCAGUCUCGAAAAGCUUCCGGGACUCGCGCUAUAGGUUGAACGCAGAGGAUGAAUCCGGGAGAGCCGUCGGGCGUGUUCGGAUCAGCGUUACGCAUGUCGGUGUGCGGUGGGCGUGGAUCGUGCUUCCAGUGCUGGUGUUGCUCUUGGGAAUACUGGUGCUUGUCGGAACUUUAUGGAAGGCUCGACAAAGAUGUAUUCCCAAGUGGAAGAAUGACCUGUUGCCGCUGUUGUUUCUAUACAGCGACAUGACGGAUGAAAAGGCUGGGGGCUUUGGCUUGCCGGCGCAGGGAAGUCUCAGCCAUACUAAGCAGAUGAAAGUGAGGUUGGAUACGAGCGAUGGUCGGAUCCUGUUGCGGUAG